AUGAUGGUGCGCCGCGUGGUGCUGUGCGUGUUGGCUCUUUCUCAGUGCUUCUUCUGCGUGUGCGUGACGGCUAAAGAUGAGCAGGGCUUAGAGUACAUAAAUGACGCACUGCGGCUGAAGCCAAUUUCUGGAAAGAGUGAGGUGAAGAACGAGGCUACCGAUCGUGUUGGUGCAGAUGUGGCUAAGGAAGUGAUUACAGUGCAACCAAAAGUGAUGAUGGUUUUGCCUGAGAGAAGGGGGGAGUCGACUGAUGCUAAGGCGCCUGAAAUUGUUGCAAUGCUGAGCAAGGCGGAUGCUGUAGCUGCUGAAGUGGAGAAGGCGGCUGCAGGUGCCCACGAUGCGGUGAAGAAAGCUCAGCAGGCUGCGGGAAGUGCAAAGAUGGCAAUAAACAGCGCCACAGAGUCAGUGAAGAGUGCACGGAAGGCAGUGGCAGACGUUGUGAACUCAUCGAACAUCGCCGAAGAGGCAGCGAAGGAGCAUGCGUGUGAUAUAGAGGCAAGGAAUACAGCCGACUCAGCCGCGGCGAGCGCUGCUGACGCCGGAGCAAAGGCUGCACAAUCCGAUAAGGAGUCCGCAGGGGCCGCAGAGAGUGCCAAAGCGGCGGCAGUAACCGCCAGGGAGGCCGUGGCAGCAGCUGACAGGGCGGCGAGUUUGGUCGAAGAAGGAGCGAAGGCCGACGGCGGUGCUGUUGCGCUCGUUCGGGACGCGGUGGGGAAGGCGAAGUUGUCAGCUGUGGGGGCAGGCGCUGCAGCGGCGAGGGCAAAGGAAUUGGCGGCAGCGGUUGAGCGUGCGGUGGCGCAG